AUGUUCAUGAUUAUUCUGUCUUACGAUGUACCAUCUGGACAGACUCGAAGAGCAAGAAAGGCUGUUGACUCCCCAUCCCUCAAGGCGCACAUGGAUGUCAUCAAGCCUAGCGAUCAAACCGCCCCUGGUCGCCUUCAAUCGGAGAUGGACCAAGUGUUUACCAAAUCCUUCGCUAGAAUCGGCGUGCAAGAUCGUCCAAGAGAAGAUUUCUUUGGACCCUCCACGGUCCUUGAGAAGUCGAGCAUGAAGCGGCCCAGCAGCUCGCAAUCGCAGCGAUCCAAGGCAAGGUUGGACUUCGAGAAGCAGUCGACGAUGUUCAGAGAGGAGAACGGGGUGAACGGGAUCCUAGCCGGCAAGUGGCUGAAGGAUAUGAUCGUCUGA